AAGCAGAGCAGUAGAUCAAGGAAGGACCUCAAGCUGUUGGCCGACAAUGUCCUACGGUCAGCAGACGUUCGGAGGCGGGUACGCAGCCUCUCCCUCUGCAAGCUUUAGUAUGGGAGGAGCAGGGCCAUCGUCUUAUGACCAGCAACAACAACAGCAGCAAGGGCAGAGCAGCUUUGGGAUGGGCCAGCCGAGCUCCAGCCCAAGCCUAGUGAGGGCCUCUUCGAUGAGAACUGCCCCUUCGAGAUCACCCUCGAUGGGCUUUGGAUUUGGCGGAAUGAGUGGCGGUGCUUCCACCACGCCAAAGACCGUGCGAUGGGAGGAUGCUCCUUCAAGUCUCCCGCAACCGUCGAUGCAACAGCAGCAACACCAACCUUACCAACCUUGGGCGACACCCCAGCAGCAUCAGCAACAGCAGCAGCAACAGCAACAACAGCAGCAACAGCAGCCUCAAUCUACCUCGGCACUCGUAAGACAAGCGUCCUACUCGCUGGCACCCUCUGCUAGCGGCUUCAUCUUUGGCGGGGCGCAUUCGACACCAGGUCAGCAACAGCAACAGCAACACCAGCAACCUCAACCACAGCCGCAGCCACUGCCACCGCCACAACCCCCUUCGUCGGGUCAGAUGGUGCCGUCCAGUCGAGCAGGAUUUGUAUCCAUCUCUUCUCCCUUCAACCGCUCGGUCUUUGCUUCGUCUUCUGGCUCAGAGGGGAGAGAAGCAAGCAGCUCGCAAGUCGCACAGACGCGCACCUCGUCUGCCACGGGCCUUUACCCUUCUCUUUCCCCGGCCAGAGCUAGCGCGCCAGCCUCACCAUCUCCUCAGCCACCUGCUCGAGCGCAAACUCCACAAAUGAGCAAGGUAGCCAUGUCGAGGCGUAUCAAGUGGAACUUGACCGCCUUGGUGCUCAAUGCCUUUCUCCCCCACAUCGGCCCUGCCAAGCUUGUGUACUGGUUCCUCCUCGAUGCGACGUACGAAACCUUUGGCGGAAUGGCAGACGUCCACCUCGCAUCGCUCCUCUCCUGGCUCAGGACCGCCUUUUACCUUUUGCUUGUUGUCAACCUCGUCGAGGCUUUCGUCUUGGCGAAUUUCCAGCCAGAAGCAGGAUCAACACCAGCGCCUGCAGCUGGUGCAUCGUCCUCGGCUUCGCAGCGCAAACCGUCGUUGGCAUUUCCACCGUCAAGGAAUAGCCCUGCAAGCGCUUCGCUCGCGCCCUCCUCGCAGCAACAACAGCCUUCUCCAUCGCAGCAAGCGGCUGCACGUCGACGGACACCCACAAACCUGAGCCAGAAUUCUCCACUGCGGGAGAGCAUCAAUGCAGCGUCGGCUUCUGCUUUGGGCUUGGGUGAAUCAAGGCGCAUGCCGAGCAGCUCGCCGACUUUCAGCAGGCUGGGAUCGUCGACUUCAACAACGACGGGCACUGCUAGCCCACUGGCUGCCUUCCUGGCGCGACGGUCUGAGAGGAAGGGCAGCGAGAGCAGCUUUGGCAACAACAUUGGCGAUGUCAGCUGGGAGGACGACGGCGACUAUUCGACCGACUCUAUCGAAGUCGAUCGGGCCCUCAGGGCUCUUAGUGCCUCAUACAGCCGAUCAAUGUCUCAGUCGCAAUCGCCUGGUCCUACACAGGACCGGCAAGCCUUGGUAGCAUAGAAGCAGCACUAGAGGUAUACAGUGACACUCUCAUCUCUCUCUUUCAAUUGUAUGCUCGAUCAACAAGCAGUUCUUUUUCUUUCUAAUGACAAAGCCUCUUGAC